CCAACUACGAAUCUCAUCGUCCAGUUGAUAAAACGCGCUUCUUUUUUUUUUACUUUUUUUAUCCCUCUCCCUCGCAACUUUUCCCUCCGCUCCUCAAACAUCUCCCUCUCCAAUUUUUCUCCCUCAAUCUCACAAGAAUCCCACAAAAGGCGCCACCUUUCCCUCUCCAAUCCCCUCCAAACCCUUCGUUCUCCCUUUCCCCGAUCGCUUCGCGUUGCGCCAGGCAUUUCAUGGUUUGUUCUCGCGGGCACUCCCCUCACCUGUUCGACGAAAUUCCCCUGAGAGCACUGUUAUGUUUUUGGCCAAAAGAUGUAACUUUUGGCGUCUCUGGAUCUCGUUCCCUAUUUGGUCAACUCUUCGACCGGUUUCGGCGAUUACCCAGAGCGGUUUUUUCUCGUCGGAGUCUCGUAAGAACUUGUCGGAGUUGUUUCAGCCACCGGCGCCGGCGUAUUCUGAUUCCGCUUGUCAAAUUGGAAGGAUUUUGCAGUGCAAUCAGUGGUCGGAGUCUGUAGCUAUGGAAUUGGAAAGGCUCGGUGUGGAGUUGAAUCCUUAUGUGGUUAAUCAAGUUUUGAAAAGCUUGUCGGAUUCGGCUUUGGCCUUCCACUUUUACUGGUGGGCCGAAUCCCGGCCUGAUUUUGAGCACGAUCACUUCACUAUCAAGUCGAUCGUCUCCCUCCUGUUGCAAGAUCAGAACUUUGGGCUGUUAUCGGAUGUUUUGAGAAGAAUUAGGCGUAAGGGUUUAUCUUUGCACCGGUCCUUGUACCGGAUUCUUAUAUCUGGUUACGUUCGCGCAGGGUUGAUUGGUUCGGCGAUAGAAAUGUUUGAUCAGAUGAUUGUGUCUGGUUGCCGUGUAUUUAGUAUAGAUUAUAAUCGACUCAUUGGUGUUUUAAUUAAGAAUCAAAACUUUGAUUUAGUGGAGAAGUACUAUAAUAUGAUGAUUCAACAAGGUUUAUCUUUGACCCCGUUCACUUACUCAAGGUGGAUAUCCAGUUUAUGUGAAGCAAGAAGAAUUGGGCUUGUUGAGAACCUCCUAGGCGAUAUGAAUAAGAUUGGGUCUUUUCCGGAUAUUUGGGCUUGCAAUAUAUAUUUAGAUUCUCUAUGUAAGGAUAGAAGGUUGGACGAUGCCAUGAAUUUUUUAGAGACCAUGGUUAAGAAGGGGAGAGACCCAGAUGUUGUAACUUACACCACGAUAAUUAACGGUUUGUGUGAAAGUAAACGAAUCUCAGAUGCGGUAGAGCUAUGGGAGGAAAUGGUGAAGAGGGGGUUUACGCCGGAUGGUGUUGCUUGUGGUGCCCUAAUAUUUGGUUUAUGUAAUCAUGGUAAGGUCGAUGUAGCUUAUGAGCUCGCAAUGGGAAUGCUAAAGAUGAACAUCGAUAUCUCUGUAUCAGUUUAUAAUGCCCUAAUAAGUGGGUUCUGGAGAGCUGGAAGAGUUGAUAAAGCCCAUACAAUUAUGUCCUUCAUGCAAAGAAAUGGAUGCCAACCCGAUUUGGUCACAUACAAUAUACUUCUGAAUCAUUACUGUAAUAAGGUUAUGCUGGAUAAAGCAUAUAAUUUAAUAAAGAAGAUGGAGACGAGCGGAAUAAGCCCGGAUAGACACAGUUAUAAUCAAUUAUUAAAGGGUCUUUGCAAGGCUAAUAAGCUUGAGAAGGCACAUGCUUUGUUCACUGAUCAGAUGGAGCUAAACGGAUUCUGCGAUGUUGUAUCUUGUAACAUACUAAUCGAUGCAUUUUGCAGGGCGAGGAAAAUGGAGAGUGCAUUUAACUUAUUCAAGGAGAUGAGUCAGAAAGGAAUAACCGCUGAUGCUGUGACUUAUGGGACACUGAUUAAUGGAUUUUUUAGAGUAGGAUAUUCUAAUGUAGCUGAGGAACUUUUUCACCAAAUGCUUAAGGCUGGAGUUGUCCCAAAUGUUAAUUUGUACAAUAUUAUGAUUUACUACAUUUGUGAGGCUGGUCGUCUGAGAUAUGCUCAGAAGUUGUUCUCCGACAUGGUUGAGAAGGGAAUAAACCCUGAUGUAGUUUCUUUUAACACUCUAAUAAAUGGGCUUAAAAAGAGUUUAAGAAUGAAUGAGGCCCUCGAUGUAUACAAGGACAUGUGUAAUAAAGGAGUAACUCCUGACAACUUGACAUUUAGAUUAUUGGUUGGAGGAUUUCUAAAGGAAGGGAAGAUUAUGAUGGCUUAUAGAAUCUGGGAACAUAUGAUGGAGAAUGGAUUCACUCUUGACAGAGACGUGUCAGAAAGACUGGUAGAUGCAAUUAAGGCAAAAGGCAACUAGACACGAAUUAUAGAGUCAUGUGCCAUGCUAGAGCUUCUGUAGAAGUUCUAAUUGAGAAAAACUGUUUGAAGAAACACUAACAUUUUUCUCAUUAAGAAUCCUUCAACAACUACUUGCUGCAGCAAAAAUAGAAAUUUCAAUUUGGAGCUUGCUUUUGGAGCCUUUAAGUUCAUUUCAGCUCCAGAAUUUUGUCUGCCAAGCGCUCGGCUGUUGCUCUUGGAAUGAAAAUGCUGUUUCAAAAAUCAGACCAAUAUCCAGAAGGGCAGAAUCUCAAUGCACGAGAUCUCGCACUUUUGGCUCAUGAAUGUGAAUUGUGUUCAGAAAGAUACGGAUGGAGAGAUUUACAUCAUUGAAGCAGUGGCUUCCUCAUAUUUGCUUGGGAAAUUCCUUCUAUUGCUAUCCACCGUUCAUGGGAUUAUACCGUUACGACGAGUUGAAAAGAUGAUAGCCGUGUUGUAAGCCCCAAUGCUUAUGUUGACGCCACUGGAGCCGUGUGCCGCACCGGAUUGGUUUCCUUGCACAAAUUCUACAAGUGAACACCUCAAGUGUUUCAGCUUAGUGUAGAGAUGAUUCGACAGUUUUCUCUGGCAACAGUAAUGGCUAAAGAAGGGCGUUAAAUGCAGAAUAAUGUUGUGAAAUGCUCCUUUUUGGAUCUGGGUAUUAUUAUGUGCAUUGAUCUUUGUAACAAGCAUAGUGAUACGCCCGUUUGUCAACAACAUAAUUUUCUUCGAAAUUUAGUCUAUGUGUGUGAUAAUUUGUGCGCACUUAUGAUAUAAAUUGUUCGUG